AUGGAGACUUCAAACGAUGUGGACUUCAUGACAUUUAUGCUUCCAUUUGAUCAGGAAUUUGAUUUGGACUUGUCCAUGGCCCCCCCUAUGGAUCCAUUCUCUAUCCCGCUAGAUCCUAUCUUUCUGGGUGACAACGCUGUACCCCACGAGCCAACAUUAGCCUCAGGCCAUCGCGAUGAUGCUCUUACACUCUCGUCAUUCAGUCCUUCGCAUCAAGGAAUAAACUCGCGAUGCCAUCUACUCCAGGCCGAUGUCGCAGUGCCAUCUCUCCCAAUCCUUUGGGACGGCCUGACCCCUGCAUCAUCCAUGGUGCAUCCAUCUUUUGCGUCCCCACUUCCCUUCGCAAAAUCACCUGUUCCUCAGAGCGCGCCGACUGCCUCCCAGGAGGAGAUAAUCCCUAUCUUAGGCAAGAGGAGAAGACGCGUCUCCGAAACUUAUCCAGAUAUUAGCCAUGUUUCGAAGCGCAAACUUCCUAUCACGCGGGAAUCAAAAGUCGUCCCAGACGAUGCGGAGACUAUCCGCUGUCUUUAUGGGGGAUGUGGCCGGACUGUCACCGCAACCGAGAUUGGACGGCAUGUGUGCAACGAGCACGUCCCGCCCCCACGUCCAUCUCACGUACGGUGCGGUUGGGAGGGGUGUCCGGACCCGGCACGACUAAGAAGACUAGAUGGGCUCCGAAAGCAUAUCGAAGCCCACGCACAGCUGCGCGUGAAAUGCCCGCUAUGCAACAAAAAAUUCAGCAGAACUGAUUCGUGCAAGAGGCAUGUCGAUCUGGAGCAUAAAGAGGAUGUUGCGGAAGCAGACCAUUCAGACCAUAGGCGUAAGCGUCAGCGGAGGGCUUGA